UUAAAAAAACAAUGCAAUUCAAAUACUGCUAUAUGACCCAUUUCAGCUGUUGCAGAGCAGUUCACAAUCAUUAAGUCAUAUCGGAAAUGUAUGACAAGCGAUCACUGAUGAUCAACUGUUGAUGAUGAUGAUGAUGACAAUGCUUACUUUUAAUUGUUUAUUUUGAAAUACGUUGUAGAUUAUUGUAGGAGUACACAUUUUAUUUCCCUUAUUUGUUUGAAUGAGAAGCUACAAGCAGUGAAGCGCAUACAUUUGAAAAUAAGAGUCCCCGCUGUAUUUCAGCCUUUAAGAUAUUUAAAACUUUUUAUGACCUUACAUUUUGGAAAACUGAAUUGAAGUCAUUUUAAGACUUUUUAAGGAUCUGCGGGAACUUUGCCACAUGCUGCAAAAAUGUGAAAAUGUAAUAUUUGGGCAGAAAUAUGUUAGAAAAUAGCAAUACAUGUAUUUGUUUUCAUAAAUUCAUUUAUUUCAAAGUGCCCCCCUAUUCUUAACAGUCUAGAUCCAGGCCUGAUUUCAGUACAGUAAAUCUUAUUCUGACACAUGCUCAACGAAAUUGAGCAACUUUGUGCCAUUUUGUGUAAUUACUGAUAGAAAGGAAGUUCCAUGGGAGGUCCAGCUCUCUGAAUAGGUGGUUCUGUAGAAACCUAUAUAAAUGACUGUGGUGACCUCAGCAGCACUAUCUUACUAAGAAGAUGAGUGCAACUUACAGCCUGUUGCUCGCUGUGGCUUUAACAAGCUUGACACUGACUGGUGCAUUUGGAGCUGAUAUCAUCAAUGGGAGAAAAGCCAAGAAGAACUCCCUGCAGUAUAUGGCAUCAGUGCAGGUUGACGGAAAUCACAAAUGUGGAGGAUUCCUGAUUGAUCCAAGUUAUGUGCUCACAGCUGCACACUGUGAUAAAAGUGGCAACAUGACUGUGAUCCUGGGUACCCACAACAUUGGUCCAGAGGGAGCACGUUUGAGAAGUUAUACAGUGCAAAAUAAACAUAAGCCCCCAUCCUUCAUCAAUAUCAAAAACGGGAAUGAUAUCAUGCUUCUCAAGCUGUCCAGGAAACUGAAAACAAACAAGGGUGUGAAAAUAGUCAAAAUCCCAAGCAAGGACAAACCAAUAAAGCCAAAAUCCAAGUGCCUAGUUGCAGGAUGGGGCAAAACCGAGCAGCACAACGUGGUGAAUGAUCUGCUAGUGACAGACGUGUCCACCAUCAACUUCACCGUCUGCCAGACGAUGUGGAGAAAAGUGAAAGUAAACCUCCCUGACAACGUCCUGUGCGCUGGGGGUUUAGAGACCAAAAGUGGCGCAUGCCAGGGUGAUUCAGGUGGACCUUUGGUGUGCAGUGGGCUUGCAGUGGGUGUGGUCUCUUUCAACUAUAAGAGCCAAUGUGACUACCCAAAUAUUCCUAACAUUUACACCCAGAUUUCAAAAUAUUUACCCUGGAUCAAGAAGGUGAUCAAUGGAGGUGCUUGAUUUAAUGCCAAUGCUACUUAAUUGUUUUAUUUUGCAAUUGGUUAAUCUCAAUCAUGGAAGCUUUUAUGGUGUCCCUCUUAUGUUUUGUAAAUGCUUUUCAAUAAAAGUAUAAAAAGAUUAUGAAACAGUGUCGGGAUACAUUUGCUUAAAAUACACUGCUUAAUAAGCAGUGACUGCAUUUCUUUCUUCCUUUC